UUAUUUCUGAUGGAAUUAAACUUUUAAAAAUUCAUGAAAUUAUGUCCCAGAAAAAGUGUUAACGCAUUAUUUGUAGUUUGAAUAUUGCAACAGAAAUUAUUGAUGGCCUAACAAUUAUGAAUCGAGAAAAUUUCAAACAUACUUCUUUCUAAUUUCUUAAAUAUUUUCAUUUGGAAAGUAUGGAUUUUUCAUAAGAACAACCUUGAAAAUUCAAUUGCCAUCGACUUGAAACAUAUUCAGAAGUAAUUUCAAUUUAUUAUAGAAGUAUAACAAUCUUUCAUUUUCAAUCCUUCUUACACAGUGUCCAUAAUAGUUCCAAACUGUUUCAUAAAACUCUCUAAAUAUUAGACUACAUACCUGUUUUACUUUGUCCUUACCUUUCUCUUGUGUUUACCUUGAAUGAGAUUCUCCUUUCAAGGUUACCAAGUUGACUAAUUGGAAGAUUAGAUAUAUUUACAUUGAAAGGCAAAUUUCAAAAAUAUACUGGUGCUCCAUAUUCAAUAAUGUUUGUACAAUUUUAAGACACAAUUAAAUUUCAACAAUGGGGUGACCUCAAGACUCUUGCAUGUUCACAUUUUCACUCACUAAUCAAGUCAAUAUUAUGAUGAUGAAAUGAAUAUUUUGCUCUUCAGCUGAAUACUUACGAAUACAUACGAAAUGUCAUAAGACUCACCUUUCCAUUUGAAAAAAAAAGUUGAUGGCAGCCUCUAGGCAAACAAUGCGACGUACAAGGAGAUCAGUUAGAAAAGAGCCAAUUCAUGAUAGCAGUAGUGACAGUGAAGAUGAUAUUCCUUUGAAAAAGCUCCGGACAACAUCAAAAAAUGUUACUGAAAAAACAAAACCUGCAAUUAAACCAAAAAACGAUGAUUCAUCUUCCAGUGAAAGCGAUAUUGAGAAUUACCUGCAAAGAGUAGAUAAAAUCGAUUUUUCUUCGUCAUUUUUCAACAGUCGAAAAGAAACUGAAACUGAAUUCGAAAAAAUUGAAAAAAACAUGUUUUCUGGAGUUAAUAUAUUGAAUGAUUCUUCUGAUUCAGACCUGGAAGAUGUAAAAGAGAAUUCUGCUAAUGAAACUGGAUUAGUGGCAAAAGAAACUGAAGCCCCUGUGCAGGUAGAGGAAUCAAAACUAAAUUUCCAGCAACUUGCAGAGUAUACUCGUAAAAUAGAAGAGGCUAAGAAACAAGUUGAAGAAUAUAAUGCUAAGAAAAAACUGAAAGAGGCGAACAUAGACAUAUCCUCAUUAUUAGCCAAGGGUGAGUUGAAACAAAUCACUCUAGAAAAUAUAAAAGAAGAGGAUUUACAUCCAAGUGAUUUUGAGAGUUCAGAGGAUGAUUGGGAAGAAGUCAAAGUUAAAGAUCGGCCUGAGAAUAAAGUGUCGCAGGCGAGUAAAACAGGUUUGGAGAUAACUGUGGGUGAAAUGCCAGACCAUUGUAAGAAGAAGAAGGGGGUCGAUUUAUUGUCAGCAAUGAAGAGAAGACUUAAUCGUAUUAGGAAAGAAAACCAAAUAUAUGUACACAAGGUUCAUCUUCUAUGUUGGAUAGCUCAUGGAAACUUCUUAAAUUCAACUAUUAACAAUACUCAUAUUUUAGGAUUGGCUCUCUCACUUUUACCGUCCGAUAAAUGUUAUCCAUCUGACAGGAUAGAUCUGGGUUACCUUGAGCAAAUAGUGCAGUGGUAUAAAAAAAACAUCAAGAUUCACGAAAAACCUCUGCAAAAAGAUCUUACACUGUUGAACUCUUUACAACUGCAAAUCAAUAAAAAAGAAGCAUUUGAUAAAAAAAUGUAUGUUCUUAUAUUUGUUGCGAUUAUGAGAGCUUUAGGAAUCCAAUGUAGGCUUGUUCUUUCCUUCCAAGUCGAGCCUCUGCGUCCACCUGCUAGUGAGUUGCAUUCCUUAUCAAAAGAAGUUGUCGACAAAAAAAAUCUAAGUACAAAAAAAGGAAUCUCAAAAAAUACUACCAAGUCAGAUAACACAAAGGAAAUUUCAAAGUACGAUUCUUCAUCUGAGGUGCAGAAUAAAAACAUGAAACCCAGCACUUCUGUGAAAUUGGAAGUAAACGUCAAAAAAGAGGAAAGUAAGGAAAACCAAAUGGAAAAAACCUCAACAAAUCAGGAAGAUUCGAAAAAUAAUAAACAAAUAAGAAGUGUUGUUCGCAGUACCAGGAUAUCAAAUUCGAAAUCAACCUUAAAGAAAGAAGAAUCGGCAAAGAAAGAGGGCCAGGAGAAAAUUGAUUCUCCAACUAUAAAUAAAGCUAAAAAAUCAUCCAGAUGUGUUAUGUCAAAUAGUUCAAAAACGGGUGCCCACGAAAAAUCUAAUCUGCCAACCAUAAGUGAAACUAAAAAAGCGUCCAGAGGUACUAUGCCAAAUGUUCCAAAAGUAAUAACUCGUUCAAGGUCUAAUCCUGAUUCCAAAGGAAAUUCACUUUCAAAAAAAAGGAACAUGAGAAACCCACCUCAGCUUGAUGGAGUGAAUGAUUCAUCAGAUGAACUGGAUAAUAUAUGGCAGUUAGAUGGUCACAGCGAUGAUAAAAAACCUAAAAAAAUCAUAAAGUCAAAAACACUUGAUAAUGGUAAAUUGGAAUUGUCCAAGAGCACUUGCAAACUGAGAAAACGUGCCAGCUGUUCAAACACUAAUGAUAUGAAAGAAGAAAGUUCUGGAGAUGAGUUCUUAGCGAAACCACAAAAAAAAUCGAAAACACCAAACUUUUCAAAACUGCAUUCAAAUGUUUCGAGUGUAAAACCCAAACAACAAUUAGACGUGAGAAACGACGUAAUAAAUCUAAUCAAAGGACGUAUAUCUGAACAAAAGCAUAUUGAUCGAAGUAAAAUGGUAAAGAAAAGGAAAAAUAAAUAUGAGCAAAGUAGCUCUGACAGUGACUACUUCCCAGAGCCCUUAAAGAAGAAGCACCAUGACAGUGAUAGUGAUCUGGAGUAUUUUGUUCCAAAAACAAAGGUUAAAAAAAGAGUCAGCGUGAAACGGGAUAGGCCUGGAGCAAAAAUUGUUUCGGAUGACAGCGACUUGGAUGAAUCUGGAAAAAAUAAAAAGAAGGGAGUCAAUGUUUGGGUAGAAGUCUUCUUGGAGGCAGAGGAGAAAUGGAUUACAGCUGAUGUUGUUAAGGGACAAGUCCAUUGUGUUCGUGAAUUAUAUGUAAGUGAGAUUUUUUUAAAGAAUAUAAUUGACAGAGAUGAUGUUGAGUACAAUUUUAAGAACAUAUUUCCUAUUUGUGACUCGAUUUCAUUUUCCAAUAUUUUUUCUAGAUACAAAAAUCAUCCGCUGUAUGCUCUAAGGAGGCAUCUGCUCAAAUUUGAAGAUAUAUAUCCCCCUGAUAUCCAACCGCUGGGUUAUGUGAGGGGUGAACCAGUUUAUCCAAGAAAUUGUGUGUUUGUUUGUAAAUCCAGAGAUAUUUGGUUAAAAGAUGCCAAGGUUGUUAAACCUGGUGAAAAGCCAUAUAAAAUCGUUAAG